UUACAGCAUCACUGUGCUCAAAUUUCUUUCACGAUAAACAAUACUUUUGAUGUUUUAUAAAACAUAUGAAGGAGGAAAAGUGGAUCUUUUCUUAAGUUUUUUCUUGAUUAGUGGUGUUAAAUGUGUUAAGUACCUAGCUGUUGUGACAAAGAAAAUCUAAAUGACUUUUGAGAAAAUGCGGCCAAAUACAAAUGACGAAAACUCAUGUAAUUAUGAGAAUGGUUUUAACGAGAUCGACUGGUCUGCUGAAGUAGAUAACAUUGACAGUACGAGUCCUUCGUCUUCUAUUCAUAGAAGACAGCAUCAUAUUGAAGAUUCAUUUUCUGAUGAUGAAGACCUAAGCGACGAAUUUUCGCUUUUGGACAGCGACGAAGAGAGAAGACCGAUAUCGCAAAAUUACCAAAACGCUCUGCAGCCUUUACAAGAAGUCCGCCCCAGUGGCGUUGUGAGGAAAAUUUUUACGAACAGUAGAGAAAGGUGGAGACAACAGAAUGUUAGUGGAGCGUUUGCAGAACUAAGAAAAUUGGUUCCUACUCAUCCGCCUGACAAAAAGCUUUCUAAAAAUGAGAUUUUGCGAAUGGCCAUCAGAUACAUACAAUUGUUAACCAGUGUAUUGGAAUGGCAACAAAAGCACGAAAAAUGCGAAUUUCGCUGUGAAAGUAUAAUAUCACCUCACCAUUCAAUUCUUCCUGCCAAUCACAAUUUCAGAUUAAGAGCCAGGUAUCGACGUCCAGUACCAUCUUCGGCCAUAUAUUCCAGGAGUGAUCGCAAUGGAAACAAUUUGUUAAUGAUCGUUUCACCCGAUGGAACGAAUGGUGAAAAGUCAAAUUUAAUACCCAUUUCAAUUAAAGCCGAAAUCGAAGACAAAUUGGGAGAAGACGACAAAAAAAGAAUAAAUUAAGUCUUCAUCAAUGAAACACAAUAUAAUGAUAUGAAGGUGCAAUAAUAUUACAUAUUAGAAUUAAUGUUGAAAAGUAUGUUUAGACCUGUUUAAUUAAAAUAAUUGGAUUUAAUUCCGGGAUGGUGUAUAAUUAGACAACAUACUAAUUAUUAUUAUAUUACCGACUGGAUCGAUUGCGAUGACGCCAUUAUAAAGAGGAAGUUAUCAGUUGUGAUGCAGGGUGCUUACCCAAUUAUUUCUCGUUAGAAUAUCGGAAUUUUUUAUAAACUUUUAGGAACAGUUUCACUUGAUGACAAAGUUGGCCUUUAAUUAACAUCUACCUAAUUUUAAUACGAACUGAAUUUUUAAAACAGUUAAUAAGUUACAGCAAAAUAUAAUAAUACAGAAAUUAGUAAAGUUCAGUUUCUUACACUUGUUUGUACUCAAAUUUAACUAACUUUAUCUUCAAAUUACUUAUAAAGGAUGGAAGUGAUGAUAUGGUUCCAGUAAAUUUAUAGUACUUAGUACUGUUAGGCAUUUGUGAUUGUCCACUACUCCGAAAUUUAAUCUAAUUAGAAAUAAUAAUAUCCAGCAGUAAUCACUGUAAUUGCAAAUUUGUUCUAAAUUACUGAUUAUUUAUACAUAUAAUAGUCGUAUCAUUUGAUGAAUUGCGUCAGAAUUUCGGGGUACCACCAUAUCUUUUAUGUAUCCUUGUUAAACCGUUUCUUGUUUUAGUUACUGAUUUAAACAUUAAAAAUUUAUAUCUAAUAUAAUAAUUCUGUGCUAAUUGUAAUAGAAUUUACGAGUAUAUUCACUAUGUAAAUUAAACCAACGCAAAAAACGGAAAAGAAUAAAAUUUAUUUGGGUUUUUAAUCUCGUUAUAGGUAAAAUCAAUGGGCGAUUUUGAAGUCAAAUGACUUUUUGGUUUCGAACCAUAUCUCACAUCAAAUCAUAGCAAAUCGAUGAAAAAAUAGGAAGCUAAGUUCAAAGUUGGUACAACCGCCCCGAACUUUUGGUUUGACUUUGAGCUUCUAGGCUAUAAUGUCGGUGGACUCACUUCUUCGACCCAACUGUCCAACUUUCUCAUCAAGUCAUUGGAGAAUCGUUUUCGUAUGCUUAAAUGAUUUUACAUCGGUCUUCAAUAAUCUUAAUGUCUAUUUUUGGGACCCAUCUGGUUUAGGUACAAUCGGCUAAUUACCAAUUACAAUUAAAGAGAUAAAAGUCAACAGUUUCGCGGUGAUAAUGCCCACGUGUGAGGUGGGCGAAACACGUGUCCGCUCAAAAAGUUUUUUGUGGUAAUUAGGGGUGUCUUUUUUUAAUUUUUUAAUUAAAGAGAUAAGUUAUUUAACUUUUAAAUCGCCCAUUAUUUUUACCGCCUGUAUUAAAUACAUAUUAAGUAAAUAAUAAUACAGUGCUUAAAUAUUUCUUUUAAAUGUGUAUUUCUGUUAAAUUUUUAAUGUGUUUACGGACUUAUUUAGACUAAUUCUACAUCAUAACGUUUUAAAUUAUGUGAACUUAUAUUUUUAUAUAUAGAAU